AAUCUCAAUAAUAAAAAUAAAAAGUGUCCCCAUCAUCGUAGUCUUGCUUGUGUUGCGGUGGAAGCCAUGAAGGCCGUGGUAAUAACUACCCCCGGCGACCCAGAAGUGCUUCAGCUGCACGAUGUUGACGAUCCCCUCAUCAACGACGGCGAGGUGCUCAUAAAGGUCGCCGCCUCAGCCUUGAACCGUGCUGACACUUUUCAAAGGAAAGGCUUGUAUGAGCUUCCAAGUGGUAAAACCCCUUAUCUAGGUCACGAAUGCUCUGGCACCAUUUUAGCGGUUGGGAAUAACGUCACCCGCUGGAAAAUUGGUGACAAGGUGUGUGCUCUUCUCGACGGUGGAGGCUAUGCUGAGAAGGUUGCUGUUACAGCUUCACAAGUUCUACCUAUUCCACCUGGUGUCUCUCUUGAGGAUGCUGCUAGUCUUCCUGAGGUGGCAUGCACUGUUUGGUCAACUGUUUUUAUGACAAGUAAACUCUCUGCUGCUGAAACUUUCUUGGUUCAUGGGGGUGCCAGUGGAAUUGGCACAUUUGCAAUUCAAAUGGCAAAAUGCCAAGGAGCAAGAGUCUUCGCUACUGCAGGAAGCGACGAAAAGCUAGCUGCCUGUAAGGAUCUGGGAGCUGAUGUUGUCAUCAAUUACAAGACAGAAGACUUUGUUGCAAGAGUGAAAGAAGAAACAGGAGGGAAAGUUGCCUCUACCUAUAUUACUGCAGGUGUUGAUGUCAUUCUGGAUCAUAUUGGAGGAUCGUACCUUCAGCGAAACUUGGACAGCUUAAACAUUGAUGGAAGGCUAUUCCUCAUUAGCAUAAUGGGUGGAGCUAUAGGAGAAGUAAAUCUGAAUGGUAUGCUCACAAGGCGCCUCACAAUUCAUGCUGCUCGGUUGAGAUUUAGAAGUGCAGAGAAGAAGGCAGAGAUAAUAAGAGAGGUGGAGAAGAAUGUGUGGCCUGCAGUUGCUGCUGGGAAGGUGAAGCCUGUUGUCUAUAAAUAUUUUCCAUUAUCAGAAGCCGCAGCAGCUCAUAAACUCAUGGAGAGUAGCAUGCAUAUUGGCAAGAUAUUGCUUCGCCCACAAUGUUGAAAAGUCCUUAAAUCCAUGACUUUGUUGAAUAUUUCAUUGUAACAUAAUGAUAUGCAGUGCUUGAAGGAGUUGGCUUUUAAUCGUGUUGGACAAAACUUCUUGUAAAUUGUAAUCUUGUUUUCAUGCUGCUUAAUGGUUAUGGAUUUAUUAGUAGCCAUUUAUUUUUCUGAAUAAUUAAUCACUAUUCAUUAUUUAUAUGAUAAGGCUUUUUUUUUGUCUCUUUUAUUAGAGAUAAGAACAUA